UCUCGCUCGCCGCCCACCCACUUAUACCGAGCUCGCCCCUUCUCCCUCGCCUGGUCCCCCAAAUUUUCUUUCUUUUUUCCUCUCCCGCACACUUCCGCCAGAAGCUGCUUCUUCGCUCUUCCCUCACCCACCACCCAGGCCUUCUUUGGUUAAAGCCAGCCUCGCCAUCAUCAACACCACCACGCCUAUAGCGCGCCUAUAUUCUACUCGCUGGCCCUUGAACUCUUACCUCUCUUACCUCACCACUCUUCUGUCGCCAUGGCCAAAAAGACCCAGGACCCCGAAUCCGCCACCACACAGGUUAAUAUCGCUGACUUCCAGCGGACUCGCGACUCGGUCAUCGUCGCCCUCGCUACCCUCCAGUCGUCCGUCCAAGACCUCUCUCGCGCCUACAUCCAACAUGCCAAUACUGUCUUGACUCCCGGCAAGCACGGCCUGAACCCGAUCGAUGCCAACCUUACUAGCAUUCUCACCGAAUCGGGUCUUCUGACUGGCCGACCUGCCGAAGCCGCUCCUCUUGUUGUGGCUGAAGCCGAAGGCGAUGGAAAGAAGAAGCGCAAGAGAACUCCUCAUGACCCUAACGCGCCUAAGCGUGCUCUCACUCCAUACUUCCUGUACAUGCAGAGUGCUCGUGCUCAAAUCGCCAAAGAACUGGGCGACUCGGCCAAGCCAAAAGAGGUCGCAGACGAGGGUACUCGCAGAUGGACCGAAAUGAGUCCUGCUGAGAAGAGUAUCUGGGAUGACAAAUACCAGAAGAACUUGGCUGCUUACCGUGUCAAGAUGGCAGCGUACAAGGCUGGUCAGCCUGUUCCCGGUGACGAGGAGGCCGCACGACUUGUCGAGAUGGGCAAGGCACCAGAUCACCUUCCAGGCCUUGAUGCUGAAGCGGAGACCGAGGAAGAACCUGCUGUAGCUGAAGAAGAUUUUGAAGAGGAAUCCCCUGAACCAGUCAAGGAACCAUCACCACCAAAAUCCUCCAAGCGCCGCAAGACCAAGGACGCCACUCCCAGCAAACCAACACCCAAGGCUGAAGCUGCCAAAUCGCCAGAGAAGAAGACGAGCAAGAAGGGAAAGAAGGAGGCCCCUCCAGCUCCUGCUUCAACAACCAAGACUGAGAAGACGACCCGCAAAGCAAAGAAAACACUGUCGUAGAGGGCUCCUGGGUGACGUGUGCAUUUUGUGUGCAUUGAAAUGAUUCAUGCGGGUUUCGGUUUUGAUCUUGGGCUCUGAGAGUAUCGUUCCUUGUGGAUAUGCAGAGUCAUGUCUGUCAUUCAUGUUGAUAAUGAAAAGGCGUCUUCAUCAGGCAAUUCAAUCGCAGAGGUUGUCAUGCGGAACAAACAAUGCUAGUACAUGUUACGUGUAACCUUGAUCGAAUUCUCUCCGCGUGAGCAUGACGUGCUCUAUACAAACAAAAUUCCUCGUUCAGACUCUUCUCCGCAUCUCGAUAGCUAUGGGUGCUUGGUUAGCUCAAUGAUCG